ACAAUGUUGCCCAAAAGUACUCCACCCCUCCUUGCCCUGCCUUACCAGCCCCGCCCCCACACGCUCCCAUAAAUAUCCACACUUGCUGCAGUGCUUCACAGAAGUCAUGGAGCGCCUCGCAACCACCCUCUUCUUCCUUCUGCUGGCGGCGGCCUCAGGGCGGGCAUGCAAUGCGCCCUUCCAGGAGGUGGGCGACAGCUGCUAUUACAUCGAAACGGAACUGAAGUUGGGAUGGUCCGAGGCCCGCGCCUUCUGUCAGUCCAUGGGCGGCUACGAGUUGGGUGACCUGGCCGUAUUCUCCUCCUGCGACGCCUUCACGGUCUUCACCGGCUACCUGGCAUUCAACGCUCCCGCAGACUCCGCCUUCUGGGUUGGCGCGCACACAGAGUUCAUUGUCAACAACUGGAGGUGGGUGGACGGCACGGUGCUGUCCACGGGGGUGCCUUUCUUUGCGUACAGGGAGGGCGAUGACAAUGAGCAGGACUGCGCCGCCAUGGACAGCUCCUCCUUCUUCCAGCUAGCUGACUUCGCCUGCGAGGAGCAAAAGCCUUUCGUGUGCCAGGUGCCAAAGCACGGCCACGGCCGCGACACUCGGGAAGCGGUGCGUCCUGUGACGCUGGACUGCCCAGCAGACAGCGUGCAGGUGGGCGAGUUCUGCUACUGGUUCAGCGACAUCAUCAAGACAUGGGAUGAAGCCGAAUAUCAUUGUCGCAACAAUUUCCAAGUCAACCUUGGCGAACUAUUCUCUCCAGCCUCGUGUGAGGAAUUUACCAAGAUGGCGCACCACCUCGAAGUGGCAGAGCGCGACAAGAGCCACUGGGUGGGCGCUGCUGACGCCACAGGGGACCAGGAAUGGUACUGGGUGUCUGGAGAUCCCGUGUCUGGAGGAGCGCCUUUCUGGGCCACCAAUGAACCCGAUGACCACUACAAUUCCAACUAUUGCGGCUUCAUGUCAUCCUACAGACGCUUCUACCUUGCAGACGAGAGGUGUACCAGCUCUCACUACUUCAUCUGUAAGCUGCACACUGUGUAGCUGAUCGCAGGAUGAAACCCCCACAACAUGCCGCUGCGAGACUCUUGUGUGCAGUGUUGUAGUAUUGUAGUGUUGGGGUCUGGACGUCCUGAGGCAACACAUGGCUCACCAUCGUGUUUGGCGCAAAUAUUCUGCCAAGUAUUUAUUAGAUGGUUGAGUUUUCCGCCACUACAAUCUUCUCUUAAUGUUAUGUUGCCCUAAAAUAAUGAUAACACCUCUUUUGCUUCACCAUCAUGUUUGGUCCAGAUGUUUUACCAAGCACCUACGCGUGUGGUUGGGUAUUACGUUAAUAUAAUCUUCUAGUAAUGCCCCGUUGGCCUACAAUAAAAUAUAAUGCUUCA